AGAUAGGACCUACGAUAAUCUAUCCCCUCAUAAUCCACUGUUCAACUGUUUAUCAUACUUUUAUUUAUUGCUUAUAUACGAACGGUUGGUGGAAGUAAGUACCAACGAGAACUACACGAUGAUGAAUUAACUCAUGAGCCAUCUAUUGACAGAUAAUUAAAUCACCGCACGGCGCACUUUCAACUUCAACUUCGAUUUCAUUCGACCACAUUCGACUCAAUUCGACUCUUCGACUUCGACAGUUUCACCAGAGAUCAUCUCUGGUUUUGUGUUUGAGAAAGUACACAGUUUCUAGUAGUUUUGUCUAAUUCGUGAUUUGUAAACAAGAAGACAGCAAUCGACGAUGAAAGAUAAAAGUCUGUCAAAGUUGGACAGUAUGGCAGAUGUACGGGAUAUAUUAGAUAUUGAGGUGCCAACUACUAGUGAACUUACCAAAGAGUCAAUUAUGGGUACUGACAAGAAGAAACAGAAGAAGUAUGAAUACAAAGUACCAAAAAGGCCAGAAGGAAUGCAUCGUGAAGUAUUCGCAUUGUUGUGUAAAGAUAACACUGAUGUGCCACCACUGUUUCCAACUGAUACUGCAAAAGGAUACAAACAAGUUAGAGCUAAGCUUGGUAUGAAAAAAGUUAGACCAUGGAAAUGGACACCAUUCACUAAUCCUGCGAGAACAGACGGAGCAGUUUUUCAUCAUUGGCGGCGAGUCGCAGACGCUGGAAAGGAAUAUCCUUUUGCUAAAUUUAACAAAAAGGUUCCUAUUCCAUCAUAUACCAAUGCAGAAUAUGUUCAGCAUUUGGUUACAAAUGGUUGGACAAUGGCAGAAACUGAUCAUUUAUUUGAUUUAUGUAGAAGGUUUGAUCUAAGGUUCAUCAUAAUCAAAGACAGAUGGGAUUGUACAAAGUUUCCAGCAAGAUCUGUGGAGGAAUUGAAGGAAAGGUAUUAUCAAGUGUGUGCAGCCUUGACAAAAGCAAAAUCUCACACGGACAAGGUUUACGUAUUUGAUGGUGAACAUGAAAAACGUAGGAAAGAACAGCUUAAAAAAUUAUUUGAGAGAACACCAGAGCAGGUGGAAGAGGAGCAAAUGUUAUUAGCUGAAUUAAGGAAAAUUGAGCAGAGGAAGAAGGAACGAGAUAGGAAGACACAAGAUUUGCAAAAAUUAAUAACUGCCGCUGAUCAUCAAGCUGAUCCAAGGAAAAAUGAACGAAAACCUGCUAAAAAAAGUGGCGCUGCUGCUAGAAAUAGACCAAAUAAAACUGAUACAUCGCAUACCGUAGAAUCUGCUGGGAUCAAGUUCCCAGAUUUCAAAAAUAGUGGAGUUUCACUUCGGUCUCAGCGAAUAAAGUUACCAAGCAGCUUAGGACAAAAGAAAAUGAAGGGUAUCGAACAAAUGCUUAACGAACUUCGAAUAGAGUUGAAUCCACCACCUACCGAACAAAUAUGCCAACAAUUUAACGAAUUGAGAAGCGAUAUCGUUUUACAUUACGAACUUCGAAGCGCGUUAUCGACAUGCGAUUACGAAUUGCAAUCGUUGAGGCAUCAAUACGAAGCUUUAGCUCCCGGAAAGACGUUAACUAUACCUUCCGCCUUGUUACCGAAAACAGAGCCAGAAGUUAAAGCAGACAUAAUAGAUGUAGUGGGAUCACCCAGCAUGCCAUCUAUUACUCACUGAUGUUUGGAAUAAAUUAGGCUAACAAAACUUGUAAA